AUGGAUGCUGGACGAGAUUUACUGAUACGAUCUCUCAAUGUCCCUCUACCAGGAAUUACACCAGGAAUUCAUCAAUUCAACAAAGAAGCAGAAACAAGCAAACAAAGUACAACCAUCAUGUCUGGAAUCGGAGACAACUGGACCACUUCCCAGCGCCGCUCUCAGCGCACCACUCGCAGCGCUGCCCAGGGAGGUCAAGACUUCACCGAAGAAAUCAACGAGGACAUCUUGUCCACCGAUCCCAACUCCCAAGCUCAGAGAUGGGAGUCCAAGAAGUACACCCAGCGUACUCACUUCGACGAUCAGACCGAGGCUGGUGGCAUGGGCUCCGCCGGCUCCCGUAACUUGCAGGGUGGCCAAGGUAUGAAAGGCGUCGAGGACACCUCUCGUUCUGGAGGAGAAACGAGUGGCAUGCAGGAGGAGGGAACUACUGGAGCCUACCCGGGGGCCUCUUCCCAGCGUCAACAGACCUCCAGAGCCACUGAUGAUCCCGGUGAGGGCAUGGCUGGAAUGAGCGGCAAGAGUCAUGGAUAUGAUGACCAAAGCUACAUGACGCAGGACUAUGGAAGACAGGGAUUUGGAAGCCAUACUGGGCGUGCAGAGCCCCCCGAGAACCAAGAGACCGGUAAGUUUAUCCUGUUGACAUCGCUUGUGACAGCCAUUGCUGAUGGUGUAUCUUUAGGUGGUGUGCUCGGCACUCUUGGAGAGAAAGUGAAGGGAGCUAUGGGCGAUGUUAGCAAGAAGGCUUCAAAGUUCAACGAGUAA